CGCGCUUUCCGCAUCGCCCAUUCCACACUUCACAUCCACUGACAACUCACGACCAUCCUACCAUACAUACACUCACUAAAUCCUCUUCUUCCAUUGCAUCCACCUAUACUUCCAACCCGAACACGGUGGAACAAUGAACCUGCUCAAGAAAACCACCACCUUGUCCCUGCUGGGUCUUUGUAGGAGACAUGCCUCAACUGCAGCAAAAUCUGCUUCAGCUAGCACAGCUAGCACAGCUUCAUCGUCUUCUAGGAAAAGAGAAAGCUUAGAUCCAGCACAAAACACUGACAAGCUCCUUGUCGGAAACCCUCACCCAGUCUCGAAUCUGCGGCCUGUCAAAUACCCUGUCCCCAGCAAUGAAUCUAAGGAUGAUCGUUUAUUCAGGGAGAGGAGGGAGCGCGUCGAUGCCUUCAACCAGAGUUUUUGGGUCAACAACAAUACCAUGUUUAACAAGGCCAAGGCAGAAUACGAGGAAAAAAUUCGCGCGCAGAAUGGGAAUCAGUUAGUGACCACUGAGGAACUCUCAGUCUUUUAUAAGGACUUUUUGGACAAGGCAUAUGAGAGGCAGAUGAACUACAACCGACAAUGGUGGAUUGAGAAUGUGGGAUUAUUGCUUCCAGCAGCCAAAGCAGCGCUCAGGAAGUGGACUUUGAAAUCAUCAUAGCUUGGUGUUGUAGGCUGGGCAAACCAAUAAACCCACCACCGGAAAGACAUCACGAAAAGGAAUA